UUCAACUCACGCUCUGCGUGUUUUUUUGCGGCUGACCUGUCAGCUGUGAAGGGAGUCAUCCAAGAUGGGAAGCUCCUCUUCAAGAUCAUCUUUUGAGACAACUGGGCACAGUUCCUCAUCAUCGCGUGGCCCACCACAGAAUCCUGAAGAUGCUCGAAGAGAACAGGAACGUCAGGACGAACAGCUGGCCCGCAGGCUGAUGAUGGAGGAGAUGGCAAGCUUAAGCCUCGCAGGACCUCAGCAAAUCCCUGAGGCACCAUCCCCUAUGAUGUUGCGAGCUCUUUGCCCCUCGUGUGGUUGUGCAAAUACGUUUUCGCCUCCAGAGAUGCGCGAGGCCCGACUCCGAUGUAGCAGCUGUGAGUUCCAAUUUCAGGCUGCCAUGCCGAGAGAGCUAUUGCAGCGUAAUCAGCCAAGAGCCCGGCCGGGCUUACAAUUGUGCAGGAAUUGCGGCACUCUAAAUAGUUUCCCAGCGGCCGUUCCGGGUCAAGCACAGCAAGUGAGCUGUGGCAGAUGCGGACACGUCAGUGAGGUGGAGUCCCGGGAACUGCGACAUGGAAAUGGACUCCGGAAUAAUCAAGCUGCUGGAUUGCUGGCAGCGCUCUUGGCAGAUCCAAGACUCCUGUCUGAUCAGCGGAAUCUGCAUGAUGGACCUGUGGUCCGUAUCCCGAUCGAUGGUCAGCGUCAAGCAGUUCCUCUGGCCUUGCUCGCAGCCAUCAUGGCAAGAGCUGAAGCUGAUAAGUCAAAUCCUGCCAGAGGUGGUGAUAUUGCGAACCUUCCGACGCGAAGGUUGGAAAACACAAACCACUUGGGGGAACAGACAAAGUGCUUGAUAUGCUUAGAAGAGUUCGCCGACGGCGACGAGCUGAAGACGCUUCCUUGCUUGCACUUUUACCACCAGAGGUGUGUUGAUCAAUGGCUUCGCACUGACAAUUCUUGUCCGGUGUGCAAGCACCCGAUUGGGGAAGAUAUCAUGCCUGUGGGGUGACUGCAUUUCCGUACGAAUCAAAAAUUAAAAUCUGAAA